UUGUUUGCCAACUUGCUGAAGCGGCUGCUGUGCGGAGAGAAGAGACGAGUACAGGGUGCUUCAUUUUCUCAAGAGCCGCUGUUGUGCUCAUCGCCAGCUCGUUGGCUCUUUGAGGUAAGUGCAGCUUCGAUGGACCCUGGCAAUGACCCCUACCACUUCAGCUCUGACACGCUGCCCUCUGACCCCCGCUUCAUGGCGACAGUUGCUAACGGUUUCGUGGGCACACGCGUGUUCGGGGACGUGAUGCAUGUGGGGGGGGUGUACAGCGGGGGGGUGGGGGUCUGUCACCGUGCCGAUGUGCCCUCCCCCCUGGCAGUGAGAGUGAGGCUGGACCGAACUGAGUCCUCAGGGCUGAGGCAGCGAUACACACUGGACACACGCGCAGGGUGGUUCACUCACUGUCAGUCCUGUGAUGAUGUCACUCUCUCUCAAACAAUCUUGGCUCACCGCUCACACCCCAACCUGCUGGCCAUGGAGCUGAGAAUGGAGCGUCAGGUGACCCCCGGAGAGUCAAUCACAGUGCAGCUCCAGAGCUCCUUCACCCCACAGAGCUCAGACAUCGCCUUCGAACCCGGGCCAGACUACCAGGGGGGCAGGCACAUCUACGGAUGCACGUUAACCCCAGAGGUUCCGGGAGGACCCCAGCCCUGCAUUCACUUGAUCUGGACCCCACUGCCCGCCUCCCUCUCCCUCCCGGCCGCGCAGAGCAGUGCAUGCUGGGUAUUCCUGACCGCACUGGCCGACACCGCCGAGCGCGCUCAGAGCUGCUACUCCGAGGGGCUGGCUCUGAUUGGCUCGGGGGACCUCCUCCCCUCCCACCGGCGGGCGUGGGCGGAGCUCUGGGCAGGAAGUGCCGUGCAAGUGAAGAGCCCCGCCCCGCUGCAGCAGGCUGUGAUUGGCUGCCUGUACUACUUGCUGAGCGCGCUCCCUCCCCUGAAGCAGACAGACUUCCUGUUCAGUGGACUGAGCCCCGCAGGGCUGAGCAAUGGGAGACGGGGAGAGGAUUACUGGGGACAUGUUUUCUGGGACCAGGACACCUGGAUGUACCCCCCCGUGCUGCUGUUCUACCCUGAGCUGGCUCGCGCCAUCCUCAGAUACCGGAUCCACACACUCAGGGGUGCCGUACACAACGCUGCCCAGCAUGGGCUCAAGGGAGUGAAGUUUGCCUGGGAGAGUGCAGUGACAGGGCAGGAGGUUUGUCCCGAUGAGAUUUACGGAUUGCAGGAGAUUCACAUCAACGGAGACGUCUGCUUCGCCUUCCAGCAGUACCUGCACCUCACACAGGAUCUCUCCCUGUUCAGUAAGGGGGGUGGCUGGGAGGUGGUACAAGGCAUCGCUGAUUACUGGAGCAGCAGAGUCACCUGGAACCAGGAGCAGGACUGCUACGACAUCACCGGUGUGAUGCCUCCGGAUGAGUUCCACGACAGUGUGAAUAACUCUGUCUACACCAAUGCUGUGGCUCAGGUGUGA